AUGCCGUGGAUGCAGACUUUUGUCCGCGGCCAGAUGCGCAGAGCAAAAUCCGGCGAGCCUGCAAGUGUCGCCAGGGCUUUCACUCUCUUCUUUCAGCCAAUGCUCCAAGACAAGCAGCAAGAAAUCCAGAACCCCGUUCUCCAAGUGCUCCGAGUCAUGGUUGAGGAUCUCAAGGGCAAACACAUCAAGAUUGCCAACUGA